AUGUCUCCUCAAUCUCAGGACCACAUCGGAUUAAAACAAGUCAUCAAAGUCGCCGAGGAACUGUAUGCAAAUGAUGCCCAAAUAGUAGCUCCAUCCCUUCAUCUACCGAAAUUAAUCACCGAUGUCGCACAGCGAUGUAAUGAAAAGGAGAUCCCAGAAGUGGUGCAAGAUUCCUACACUCUGCCAGGAUUAUGGAGGGAUAAGAAAGGCUAUACGCUGGGUACAAAGCUGAUGUCCGAAGGAGUAAUAGAAUGGACAGAGGAUUUAAGAUCCUACAUGUUUCAAAUAGAUUACAACGACUUGUCAUUAUUAGGUUCUGGUCCCGGUAAUCUUGCUCAAUAUACACAUAACUGGUCCGAACACGGAAAUAAUGCUCUUCACUUUGCAGCGCGAAGUGGGGAUAUCAACUUUGCUAAAGUUUUAGGCCCCAGUGAUGACGACCCUCCUAACUUUCAGGGCAAGACAGCUCUUUAUCUAGCAAUUGAGUAUUUUGACGAGGACAAGAAGCAGUUUAUAGACGAACUACUUAAAGACAAAAACAAAUCCUUUGGCCAUGCAGCUCGAGUCGUACAGUCUGCAACAUUCAUUAGCCGCGAAGGAAAAUCCGCACUUGAACUUGCCAGGAAUAAAGGACUUUCGGGGUUGAUUGAGACUAUUCAAGGUUGCGUAAAAUUUCUCGAUGAACCCGAAGACGGAUAUUGGCCAACCACGAAGAUGUUAAAAUUUAUUCUUAACCGCGGGUCAUUAACAAAGGUUACUUUUAGAGAAGAGGAUACUUUUAAGGAAGUUAAGCAUGCUAUCGAAACGAGCAAUUUAGAAUUGUUUCAAUCCUGCAUAGAUCAAUAUUGGGCGACGAUACUCGGAUGGAAGGAUCCUAAGCACGAGAAUACAAUAUUGCAUAGCUUGUUACAAUUUCAGUUUAACGCGUCUCGUCAUUUCAUGGCAAUGAUUAUCCUCGAUAUUGCACAAAGAGAGGAGAAAUAUAAAGACUUUAUUAACCGUACCAAUAAAUAUGGUGAGACGGCGGAACACAUCGUCAUAAAAAUGUCUCUUCAAGUUCCAUAUUUGGAACUCCUUCAUAGCAGAGGAAGCAAUAUAUACGCUACAGAUAAUCGUGACCAAUAUUAUAUGAAGAAUCCAAGGGAGAUAGCUGGAAGUAGGAAAGAACCAAAACAUGGUGAGCUGAUAAAAACCAAGGGUAAAGACAAGAAAAGUGCUCUUGAGCUUAUUUUGAGUAUUAAAGCACCCCGUCAGGUCAAGAUCCUUGUUCAGAUAUGGCCUCAGCUUGUUACCAUGCUAUCAGAAGAAGAUAGAAAAACAGUGAAUGAGAUAUGGCAACUGAAACUGAAACACUGUGAAGACGAAGAGGUUAAGCCUGACAAGUAUUGGCUUGAGAUAGUACGUAGGGUAGGCUUGCGGUUGAUAGGGCCGACAGGUGUGCUAAACCGACAGCAGUGCCAACAAAGGGACUCAAAUUGUGGGCGAUCCAAGCCGGAAAGCAAUAGCGAGGCCAAAAAAGAGGUUAUUCAGGAGGUUAUUGCUACAAAUCGUUGGGGGCGGCAGAUUCGGCAUCCUGAACGCUAUGGCUACACAUAA